AUGGAGUCGUAUGGUACUACCACUGGAACUCAGACUUUUACCCCGACUGGAUUCCCGCCUCCCCUGGGUACGGGUGGGUUUACCACUUCAGGCUACAUACAUGCGCUUGUAGAUUCUACAUCAAAUUCCAAUUCAAACUCGAACACGAACACGAACACGAACACGAACACGAACUCAAACUCAAACUCAGAGACAAGGAUUCCCGUAGUGCAAAUAUCUGAUGACUCUCAUAUUACACAUGAUAGCUUCAAACCGUAUAUGGAGUACCAUGAUGCUUCGCACUUGAGGAACCGCAACAUUAACAAAGCGGACCAGGUUGACAACACUGAAGUGAUGGAACAGUUUACAGAGUGGUCUAAUUAUAAGAUGAGGUCACACUCUCCCGCCACAAACACAAAACCAAUCCGACAUACUUCACAACGAAGAACAGACUUUACCAACAAGAAUGAACUCUCUAAGUUCAGCAAGAAUCACAAUUUCAUCUUUCACAAAGGUUUCUUGAAGAGACAACGCUCCAUAAGCAGGGAAGACAGGCAAAUAAAGGUACGGUCAAGAUUCAGGAACAAGAAGGAGCUGGCAUCUGUCUUGAACUACAUAGAACUGGAACAAAUGGAUAUUACAAACGUCCUCACAUCACAAUCGGUAAGUUUGCACGCUAUCAGGAACCUCACCAGCAGAGACCCUGCGGUAACUGCUAACCCAUUUUUAAGAAGCCAAGUAUAUGCCACCAGUAGUCGUCCACCGUACUUGAGAAACCACUCCAUACGUAGGAAACUACCCAAAUCACUGCCAGUUGGUCUCCCCAAGACUUCGACUGCGACGACACCAAUAACAACCAAGCAGGAUUCAGCGUCCCAAACGACAAGGUCUGUCUAUAACAAGAAUGUGAGACGUUCCAACACCUCCCCUAGUGUGUUGUAUCACCCAAGAAGAAAGGGGAAACUGGACCCUAACUCACAAGCAAGAAAACAGCAGUUACUGCUACGCUUAUGGAGGGAAUACUUGAUGCUUGUUAUAACGCAGAGAACACAACUGCGAUUAACUUUCCUUUGCUCUCCAGGCUCAGCAUCCAACCAGAGCUCUCCCCGCUCCUCUAACGCCAGCGAUUUAGACAUGUCGCUUCUAUCCACCCCUCCAAGCCUGUUCCAAAUGGCAGGUCAGACCAAAGGCAACCCUAUAAUUAUACCCGACAGCCAAGACGACAGUAUACACAGCAGCAGCGCCUUUUAA